AUGUUAGGCGCGGUGGGCGGCCGCGCCACCCGGAAGACCUGCAGCCGCUGGAGUCGUUGCCCCGUACGCCUCCGCGCAGUCCGGAACGCACUACUCGAUGCUCCCAGAUAUAGGCCAUUGGGCCAAGCCAACGCACGAGAUACUGGCGGUGCAGAGGGAUGGGGUCGUCGCGGGCGGGAGCCCCGCGACCCGAACGCGUACACUGGGGAGCGGCACGAUGAUCGUCGUGCCCCAAGAUCACCUCCACGAUAUGAAGGACGUGGCCAUCACUAUCAACAAGUGGUGCAGGGCCGUCACGCUGGAACCGUGCAGCGUGACCAGCGCGAGGAGGCCGAGGCUGUCCGAAGCCGGCAGCGCGCGAUGGAGCGGUUGAGUCGUCUGGAACGCGAGAUGGCGGAGCUGCGCAGGGAGCUGGAGGAGCCUCCGCGCCCUGAGCGGGGGAACCACGAUUGA